AUGCCCGGCCUGUACUGCCCCACCAGCUGGACGCCGCUGCCACUCACCGACUCCUGCGUCCGGGCCCAUGCCAAGGGACCCUGCCUCAGCCUACGUGCCCGGCUCACCUACCACAACCCGCAGCCCCAGCCGGUGGACGGCGUCUUCGUGUACCCUCUAGCUGAGGCGGAGGUGGUAUCCGGCUUUGAGGCUGAGGCGGCCGGACGGCGAGUCUCCUUCCAGCUGCAGAGCCGGCGCCGAUCGCAGGCCGCCUGCUGCCGCGCUCUGGGCCCGGGACUAGGGACCUCUACGCCCCGCCGCUGCACACAGGGUCAUCUUGUCUUGGAUCUGACCCAAGCCCGGUCCACACUGGUGUUGCCCACUGGCCUUGUGGCUGCAGCUGGUACCAUGACAGUGACCCUGUGCAGCAGCCGGGAGUUGCCCUCCAGGCCUGAUGGGGUGAUGCGUGUGGCCCUGCCCACUGUGUUCACCCCACUGGCCCAGCCAAACCUGCCAGGGUCUCCCAGGUCUCCGGGGCUCUGUGACGACAGCCCCACCAGCUGCUUUGGGGUAGGCAGCCUUGAGGAGGAAAGACUGACCUGGGAGCAACCAGCUGCCCCUCCGGAUGUGUUCUCAGGCCCUGCCCGCUGUCCAGCUCCAUAUACCUUCUCUUUCGAGAUGCUAGUGACUGGACCGUGUCUGCUGGCAGGCCUGGAGAGCCCCUCUCAUGCUCUACGUGCAGAUGCUCUCCCUCAUGCCAGCUCGGCAGCAACUAUCUGUGUCACCCUAGCAGAGAGCCACCAGUGUGAUCGGGCCUUGGAGAUCCUCUUGUACCCCAGUGAGCCCCAUCAGCCACACUUGAUGCUGGAGGCUGGCAGUUUGAGUCCAGCAGAAUAUGAGGCCCGAGUGAGGGCACGCCAUGACUUCCAGAGGUUGCAGCAAAGAGACAGUGAUGGGGGUCGGCAGGUGUGGUUCCUGCAGCGACGAUUUCAUAAGGACAUCUUGCUGAACCCUGUGCUGGUACUGAACUUCUGCCCAGACUUGAGCUCCAAGGCUGGACACCUGAACACAGCUACCCGGGAGCUCCUCUUCCUGUUAGAUGGCAGUGGUGCAGGACAGAAGGAUGCCAUCGUUUUGGCUGUAAAAUCCCUCCCAGCUCAGACACUAGUCAACCUAGCCAUAUUUGGGACAUUGGUACAGCCACUCUUCCCAGAGAGUCGGCCUUGCAGUGAUGACACUGUGCAGCUGAUCUGCGAGAGCAUUGAGACUCUUCAGACUGUGAGUGGUCCCCCUGAUGUGCUGGCUGUAUUGGAUUGGGCCUUAGGGCAACCCCAGCACAGGGCCCACCCCCGACAGCUGUUCCUCAUCACUGCUGCCUCACCAUUGGCUGCCACCACUCACCAAGCCCUGGAGUUCAUGAGGCGGCACCGAGGGGCAGCCAGGUGCUUCUCCUUUGCGUUGGCACCUGCCUGCCACCAGCUGCUCCAUGACUUGUCUGUCCUCAGCAGAGGCCAGGCUUACUUCCUGAGGCCUGGGGAGAGACUCCAGCCUAAGCUGGUACAGGCUCUGCGGAAGGCACUGGAACCUGCUUUGAGUGACAUCUCCGUGGACUGGUUUGUGCCUGAUGCUGUGGAGGCUCUGCUGACGCCCCGGGAGAUCCCAGCACUCUAUCCUGGGGACCAGCUGUUUGGCUACUGCUCACUUUUCAGGGUGGAUGGCUUCCGGUCCCAUGCUCCAGGGAGCCAAGAGCCUGGUUGGCAGAGCCUGGGCGGCUCGGUCUUCCCAUCUCCAGAGGAGGUGCUAUCUGUCACCAGCCCUGGCACUGAGCCGACACACACCACAGAGCCACCGGGCACGGGCACUGUGUCAGCAGAGCUGUCGAGCCCAUGGGCUGUAGGAGACUCAGAACACACAGGUACGGAAGCUCUGACAGACCCAGCCAUGGACGCAGGACCUAAUCCCUCAUCUGACACAGCGAUAUGGCGGCGCAUCUUCCAGUCCUCAUAUAUCCGGGAGCAAUAUGUGCUUACCCACUGCUCCGCUAGCCCUGAGCCAGGCCCGGGCUCCGCCUGCAGCAGCCAAUCCCCAGGCUCCCAAGGCCCUGGCUCCCCCAAUGGCAGCCUACCCCUGGAUCCCCCUUCUCAGCAGGGCUGCCGAAGCCUGGCCUGGGCAGAGCCCGCAGGCUCCCGCUCCUGCCCCCUGCCCGUGCCCCCGGCAUCUCCAUUCAAGGUGGGAGCCAUGAGUGCUGAGGUGCUGGGCCGUCGGCAAAGAGCAGCUCUGGCUGGUCGAAGUCUCUCAUCUCCCUCAGGCAGGGCAAAUCCAGUCCCUGCUAGAGCCCGGCACCCCUCUCUAGAUGCAAUACCAGAUGGAUCAGGUCCUGAGCCAGGACAACAGCUGGGUCAGGGCCUCAAUGACUCAGGAAGCCUGCUCUCCCCAGCCCCCUUGGACUGGGAUAUGUUGAUGGAACCAUCUUUCUUAUUCAAGGCUGUGCCACCCAAUGGGGAAUCAGCUCCUCCUGCAGAACCUCUGCCUCCUCAGGCUCCACGUUGUCACGUGGUGAUCCGGGCCCUGUGUGGGGAACAGCCAAUGUGCUGGGAGGUGGGUGUGGGGCUGGAAGAGCUCUGGGGUGCUGGGGAUGGCUCCCAGCCUGACCCAUCUCCGAUGAGAGAAGCCGCGUGGGAUCAGGCACUCCACCGGCUGACAGCAGCCUCCGUGGUCCAGGACAAUGAACAGCUGGCUCUCCGUGGAAGAGCUGAAACCCCAGCUGAGCAAGGCAGAGUCAGAAGGUCCUGGCUCAGAGCCAUUCAGACAAGCAAGGUCAGCUCUGCCCCAUCCUGCUUUACCUACCCUGUUGCUGUAGAUGCCACCACUAGGGAGGUCUUGCCUGGAGCCCUGCAGGUGUGGAGUUCAGAUCCAGUUGAGCUGUCGGGCAUAUCUGCCUCUCAAGACCAUCUAGCUGCUGCUCCUCUGUCCACAGCAGUCCACUCUAAAGGUAUGGCCCAAAUGCAGUGGACUGGGCACAGCUGGGCUGUACUGGGUGACCCUACUGUAGGACAUCAGGGAGGCUGUUCUGCAGGUGCCUGGGACCUGGACCUAAAUGACAACUCUAAGUCAGCAUUGGGGGAGCUCCCAUCUCCUACUGGAGAUCAUCAUGGCGUGCUCCACCAGCCUCCAGCCUCCUCCAGGCUCAGCCUGGGUCGUCAUCGCAGACUUUGCAGCUCCAACAAGGGCCAGACUCAGGAGACCAGCAAUGGCAGCAGCAACCAUGACUACCUGCCUUUGCUCCGACUGCAAGAGGCACCAGGCUCCUUCCGCCUGGAUGAACCCUUCUGUGCUGCUGUGUGCAUCCCUCAAGAGCGCUUGUGUCGAGCCUCGCCCUUUGCUGCACACCGUGCCAGCCUUAGCCCCACCUCAGCCUCAUCUCCUUGGGCAUUUCUGGGACCUGGUAUUGGCCAGGGUGACAGUGCCACAGCCUCCUGCAGCCAGUCCCCCAGCUCAGGCUCUGAAGGUCCAGGCCAGGUAGACAGCGGGAGGGGCUCAGAUACCGAGGCCUCAGAAGGAAUGGAAAGGCGGGAGAGCUCUGAUCUUCGUGGGCGCACUUGGGCCACAGCUGUGGCCCUGGCGUGGCUGGAACACCGCUGCGCAGCUGCCUUUGGCGAGUGGGAACUGACAGCUUCCAAAGCUGAUUGCUGGCUGAGGGCCCAGCGCCUGCCAGACGGCCUUGAUCUGACGGCCCUUAAAGCUGCUGCCCGGGGGCUCUUUCUGUUACUGCGACACUGGGACCAGAAUCUGCAACUACACUUGCUGUGUUACAGCCCUUCAAAUGUGUAAGGAAGGCUGCUUGCAGCUCUGGCUAGCGACCCCCAACACAGUCACUGCCACCCAGGGCCAGUCUCUUGGUACCGGGAAAGAACAAGUUGGUGUUUGCUGUCCUCCACUGCUUCACACACACACCCCUCUGAAUAUUCUUGCCACCACAGAAAGUGCCUGCCUGUGCUCUCUUCUCUCCUCCCACUCCAUACCCCCUCAUAUGUGCUCUGAGUUCUCUAUAGGAUAACGGAAGAGGAGAGAGCUACAGUCCCAAAUCCUAUGCAAUAAAGUGCCUCUUAA